AUGUCCCCGUUCCCAUCUCCCCAUGGAUCCCAUAUCCCCGUUCCCAUUUCCCCACGGCUUUUUCCCGGUUUUCCAGGCGAGCCGGGCUUGCUGGUCGGCCGCAUCGACCAGCGGGAUCUGCGCCGCUUCGACGGCUACGUCGGCGCCGGCGCCACGCGCGGCAAGAUCGCCCGCGACGUCCUGGCCAAGGGCGACCAGGCCUACCUGUCAGGUGACAUCCUGGUGAUGGACGAUUUGGGGUACCUGUAUUUCUGUGACCGGGGUGGGGACACUUUCCGCUGGCGCGGGGAGAACGUUUCCAGCUCGGAGGUGGAGGGAGCCCUGAGCCGGGUCCUGGGCGGCGACGUCGUCGUCUACGGGGUUCAGAUCCCAGGGACGGAGGGCCGGGCCGGCAUGGCCGCCAUCGCUGACCCCCAUUCCCGGCUGGACGUCUCGGCGCUGUUCCAGGCUCUGGUGCCGGUGCUGCCGCCCUACGCCCGGCCCGUGUUCCUCCGCCUGCUGCCCCGCCUCGACACCACCGGCACUUUCAAGCUGCAGAAGACGCGGCUGCGGGGGGAGGGCUGGGACCCCCGGGUGGUCCCCGAUCGUCUCUUCGUGCUCGACCCCCAGCGCGGCCGCUACGUCCCCCUGGACGGGGAGAUGUACGGCAGGAUCUGCGCUGGGAAAACCAGGUUCUGAUCCCGGAAAAACGCCUUUCCUGGGAUCCCAAAAAUCCUGCUCAAAAACUUCCCUGGGAUCCUGAAAAUCCCGGUGGAAAACUUCCCUGGGAUCCCAAAAAUCCCGGUGGAAAACUUCCUUGGGUUCCCGAAAAUCCUGCUGGAAAACCUCCCUGGGAUCCCGAAAAUCCCGCUGGAAAACCUCCCUGGGAUCCCAAAAAUCCUGAAAAUCCUGCUGGAAAAUCUCCCUGGGAUCCCAAAAAUCCUGCUGCGAUCCUAAAAAAAGGGACCCUGGGAUCCUGAAAAACCCAAAAAAAUCCUGCUGGAUUUCCUGGAAAACGGAAGAAAUUCCUACAAAAGAGUAGAAUUCUUGGGGAAAAGAGCGGGAUAUCCUGGGAAACAGCAGAAUUCCCAGGAAAACAGUGGGAUUUUGAGGAAAAAAAAAAAAAAAAAAGCGGGAUUCGACUGUAAGACUUUUUUUCCGAGUGAAAACAGCGGACGGAAUUCCAGGGAAAACCGUGACUGACAAGAGAACGGUGGAUGCGGCUCCUCCACCGCCCUCGCAGCCGCUAAUUAACUCUGACAGCGCUAAUUAACGACUAACUCGUGCCUAAUUAACCCGCCUAGGGCCUGCUUUGGAACCUCCCGCCUCGCUGGGGCCAGCACGGACAUUUUUAAUUGACGGAGCCCCAGCGCCGGAGCGAAUAGGUUAACAGGAAUUUAAGCUAUUCGGGCCUUUUUUAACCCAGUCCGCUCCCUUUGGUUGUGCCUGACCGCGAGGCCAU